ACAAAGGAUGGAGCACACCCCGUCUAUUGCAGGGCUAACAAACCAGUUAAGUUCACCACUUUCUCUGAACUGUGGGAAAAGCCAGAGCAGCCCGAGAGGAGCACUGUGCCCACAGAGAGGUUGGUGCAGUGCAGUGGCCCUGAAAUCACGGCUGUUCCCAUUAGUGUCCCAGCUGACACAGUCAAACUUCGUCUAGAAAAGACACUGGUCUCCAGGGUAUCCCGGGCAGCCUUCUACAACCUGUCAGACCUCAGGUUCUUGUGGCUAACUUACAACUCAAUAACAACGAUCCACCCCAGCAGCUUUGUCAAUCUGAAGGCCCUGCGAGAGCUCCGUCUUGAUGGAAACUUCCUGACAUCCUUUCCCUGGGAGGGGCUCAGAGACAUGCCCCGCCUCCAGACUCUGGGUCUACACAACAAUCGUUUGUCCAGCCUUCCAGCCCAUGCUGCUCUCUUCCUUCCUAACAUCACAUACCUUGACCUGUCCAGCAACAGGUUGACUAUACUACCUGCUGAGCUGUUGGACCUUUGGUUUCCUCUUCCAGGACAAAGAGGAGGACAAGUGGAACGAAGAAUUUUGGGUCUUCAUGACAACCCCUGGUUGUGUGACUGCCAGAUCGCCAUGCUGAUGUCUUUGUCCAUGUCCCUGGGGAGUACUGUAGUUCUUAUGGACCAGUUGCUGAUGUGCAGCAGGUCUCUGGGUCAGUCAGGAAUGCUGCUGACACAAGCUGAGCUGUCCCGCUGUAUGAGGCCCUCAGUCCAGCCUGCAGCUACCAGGGUCAUUUCCCCACUGGGCAGCAACGUAAUCCUACGCUGUGACGCCACUGGAUACCCAACGCCAACACUGACUUGGAUCAAAACCUCGACCUACGCGAAUUGUUGCCAGCAAGAAAUCCUUGACAACUCCGAGCAGCUGCCUAGGAUUUUGGAGAGUUUCUUGCAGGAAUCACCGCGGGUCGGGGUUCGCUGGUCGAUAAUCAGCCUGAAUGGGUUAUCAUACAAGGAUGCUGGUGAAUAUCGCUGCCAAGCACGGAACAUGGCAGGAAUUUCUGAAGCCCCAAUUAAACUGAAGGUCAUGGGAAUCACACAACUAUCCCGUCUUCCAAAGAAGAAGUCCAAAAAGAUUUCAUCCAAAGCCCCUUCUAAGUCCAGGAAACUGUACCAGAUUCCAGCUAUUACCAGUACUCCCUCAAUGAAAGAUAAUCAGAUAAUGUAAAGUAUCACAGCGUUUUCUAAUAACAAGGCCAAGAAACCUCAAAAUCCUUUGAUGCGUUUGUACAUUUAAAAGUACUAAAUGAACUCAGCAGAUGCAAAGAAAAGGACCCUGAUAUGGAUCAAGUCUGUAGCUGCCUGAGUCUCCUGAUGAUUCACUGAAUGAUGCACUGAAGGUGGUCCGCGUCAGUUACAGGGCAGACAUCACUGGGGGUGGGAAAGAGAAUAAUACUUUACUGUUUGUAAAAGCUCUAGUUUUAAUCUUGUAUGCUUUUGCAAUUUGUUAAUGCAACUUGUUUGCCAAAUAAAACACAUAACACAAAAAUGUGGGUGUUGUUCCUGGGAUGCAGUCUACUGUUUUGUGAAAGAAUGAUUUGUUUUAUUCAGUCCAAUGUUCAACCCAUUUUUCUCCAGUUCACAUCAGCAGUUUAGUUGAUAUUAGGUGAAGUCCCUAGAAAGUGUGGGCUGUGAAGGUCCUGGAGUGGGGGCUGCAGUGAUAACAGAAAUUAUUCACAAGUCUGCAUAGUUACAUAUUUAUAUAAAUAUUUUUUUUUUUAUAAAAAAAAGUGAAUUAAAACUGGUAAAAGGAGGUCGUUAGUUUGUGACAUUACUUUGACCUAAAUUUACUGCUCUUAUAUUGAAGUUUGUGUCCCAGCAGCAAGUGGGUCACACUGGGAUUAGCACUUUACAUAUGACUGUGUAGUAUUAGCAAUUUAUAACCAAAAGCCUGAGUUGUUUGUGUUUUUAGAAUCAAAUUAUCAAGGAAAUCCAUCACUUUCUCUGGUAUUUUGAUAUGAGUGCAGACAGGCUUCUAGCCAGGAAAAUUUCACAGGCCGGCGCUAACAGAAGACCCGGGGCGGCCCGAGGGAUUUUCUGUUUUUUAAGUGGGCUGCAGCACCUUUGACUUUGGGAAUCACUGCUCUAGAAUACAGAGAGGAAACCCCAAUAAUCAGAAAUCCCAUAUUAGCAGCACUGGAAAGGAGGAAGAACUCUCUUUUAGCAGGAAGAGAACUUCAACAGAACCAGGCAAAGGGAGUGGCAGUUGGGGGUGAAUAUAUAUGGGGGGUGGUUAAAUAUACAAUGUAAUAUAUAUUUUUUAAAAAUCAAGGUGUUAAUCAUUUAUAGAUAUGUGGUUUUCUCAGUGCUUUUGUUGUGGCAGCUCCCAAAUUGUGGAAUUUGCUGCCAUUACAUAUCAAAGAGGACUCUUCACUGGCCAUUUUUAAAUCUACUCUUAAGACCCACCUCUUCCGCUUUGGGUUUUGACCCAGUUUGAGAUGUUGAUUUUAUUUAUUUAUGUAUUUUACUUAUUCAUUUUAUUUUUAUCUUAGCGUUUUACUCAUGUUUAACUGUGUAUUUCACUGAUGCUUUUAUUUUGUGUUUUAAAUUUCUUUCUAUCUAUUGUAUUUUCUCUUGUGCUGCUGUGUUUUGUUGCUAUGUUCGGCACUUUGAUCAGUGGUUCCUGUUUUUAAAGUGCUUUAUAAAUAAAGUUAGCUUGGCU